UGAGACAAUAAAAUUCUAGCACUUUCUAAAAAGAUUCGAUGUGUCUGCCAGCUAAAAAUAGUACAUUACUUUUAUAUUUCGUAUUAUUCGUAGUGACAUAUUUUAGAAAAUAACUGGAUUAUACGGCUAUUUUUAGCGCACUGUAGAGCGUUUUUUUACCCAUCUUUUGGCAUUUUUCAGUGUCCCAAAUACGACAUGGUUUCCCGAAAGUCCUCCUAGGAGAUAAUUAAAUUUAGUACCACCGAAUGCAAGAAGAUAUUUCUUAAAAAAAUAUAUUAAAAAUGCCAGUGUUAAGUCCACAUAGAAGUUUAUCCUCCGGAUUGUCUGGAUCAUAUCGGUACACUUACAAUACAGCCUUUGAUAAGCCUUAUUAUGGAAGUACUAGUUAUAACCCUCGGUUGUCUAGUUAUUCAGAACGAUUUACGACAAGAACUUAUACGGAUUCAGAUGGGAGAAGAGUAUACUUAAGAAGUGGCUCAAUCACGGAAGAUGGAGUGACGACAAAAUUUCGAGAGGAAUCUAGAGAGGGCUCGUCAUCUCGAGACAGUGGAAUCAAUUCAGUGAGAGAAGGCAGUGCCUUGGAUUUUCCUCGAAGAGACAGUUCGCUGAGUAGAUCCGAUAGAGUGUCCACUUCCAGCGUGAUAGACUCGGUGGCGGAAAUGAGGAACAAGUAUUCUCCAGCCAAUUACGUACCGGCCAUUUACAGGAACAAAUAUGAAAAUAUCUCCAGAUCGAAGUCGAUUAACGAUAUAGGUCUUCCUCCAAUUGAAAAUAAAUCUACCAACAAUGUAUCUCCUCCUAAAAACCAGGACGUGAACACAUCUCCCUCAGGAGGUGGCGCCAAAGGCGGUAAAAGCUCCGCCGGUACUACCGGCGCUUCCAGACGCUCAUUGGUCGCCUCACAACCCGCCGACAAGGACCUCGACGAUGACGUGGCGCAUGCGCGGCGCGUUUCUCCAUCAAAUAAGCUGGGUCUAGUCGGUUUGAGGAAUAUCGGCAACACCUGCUUCAUGAACAGCGUAUUACAGUGCCUGAGUAACACCAAAGUGCUACUGGAUUAUAUUAAUAAGGACAGUUACCAAAGAGAUAUCAACAGCACUACUUCUGCUAUGAAAGGAGCCCUAAUUAAAUCAUUUGCUGAACUAUUAAAACAAUUAUGGUCACCCAGUUCUUCAGGACCUGUAAACACUGCAGCUCUCAAGGCACAGAUUCAGAAAUUCGCUCCUCGGUUUAUGGGAUAUGCUCAGCAGGAUGCUCAGGAAUUUUUGCGAUAUCUUUUGGAAGGAUUGCACGAAGAAGUGAACAGGGUAACGUCAAAACACAAACCAAUCACGACGGACAUUGACGAUACUCUGUCAGAUACGGAAAAGGCCAACGAAGCCUGGAAACGAUACGUCCGAACCGAAGAUUCUUAUAUAGUGGAUAUGUUCGUUGGUCAACUAAAGUCUACUUUGAAGUGUACAUUUUGUGGCCACUGCAGCGUUACAUUCGACCCCUUCUGGGACUUAUCAUUGCCUUUACCCUCAGGUAGGAAUUCCACAGCUUUGCGCUUGUCCCACUGUCUGGACGCUUUCACCAAGGAAGAGACACUUGAUGGAGACGAAAAACCGAAAUGCGAUAAGUGUAAAGAACGAAGACGGUGCACGAAGAGUUUUAGCAUACAGAAAUUUCCUCAGGUCUUAGUAAUUCAUCUUAAGCGGUUUUCCCCUCUGGAACGAUUCCGUGGAAAACUCAAUACACUAGUGGAGUUUCCUGUGGAAAACCUGGAUUUAUCCAGAUACGCUGCUGAUUCGGCGCAGCAAAAUGGAAUGUCCUCCAGAUACAAUCUGUAUGCAGUGUCGGAACAUUCGGGCACUCCCUAUUCGGGGCAUUACACUGCACACUGCAAAAACCCACUAAGCGGCGAGUGGCACGAAUAUAAUGAUUCCCGAGUAUCACUAGCCAGUGCACGUUCCGCAGUGUCGCCAGAGGCGUACGUAUUGUUCUACGAGAGAGAAGGAGAAUCACCCUCACAAAAUUCACUAUAGUUAAGGCUUCGUUCACAAGAGAGUGUAUAGCGUUAUACUUUCACCGAUAUUAAUUGAAGAGUUGUCUAAUAUCUAUAUUUGCAACUGAACUGGGUCUUUUCAGCGUACACCACGUCACUGACGACUAUACAGGGUGUUUUUGAAUAUAUGUCCCACAUUUUUCAACUCUUUUGAAGGUAAAAAGUUUGUGUUCUAAAAUGCUUCGUGUUGGAGAUAGAGGGGGUGUCAAAGUAUUGAUAAUUUUUUUUUCUCUAAUAUCUUUGGUAGUCAGUCUAGAUAUU